AUGGCCAAAAGAAAGAGAAAGAACAGAACCCACAUCCAGCCCUCCGAAGAGGAAAUGAACAAGAUCCCCAAGAGUUUUGUAAUGCGCUCGGGUAUCGUAGGUACAUCUGUUACUGCCCUCGUUCGUGAUGUGCGUCGAGUCUUGGAGCCCAACACAGCUAGUCAUCUCAGAGAACGUAGAUCAAAUCGACUUAAGGAUUUUGUCAUGGUGGCAGGUCAAUUGGGUGUAACACAUUUCCUGAUCUUUAGUCGCACUGAAAAGAAUGUCAAUCUUCGAAUUGCUCGUGUGCCCCGUGGCCCUACAUUAACGUUCCGUGUGGCAGAAUACGCCUUGGCCAAGGAUUGUUUAGCACUGCAAAAGAACCCCAAGACAUCCGACGUCGAAUAUCACAAGAGUCCUUUGCUCGUUCUCAACAACUUUCAGCAGCCUGGCAAAGAGUUCAAGGUCAUGACCGUUAUGUUACAGAAUAUGUUCCCUUCAGUGGAUGUACAAACAAUGCAGCUCUCGGAGGCAAGGCGUGUACUGCUGUUCAACUACAACGAAGAUACAGGCAUGAUUGACAUGAGACACUACAGCAUUGGCGUCAAAGCAACUGGCGUAUCCAAAUCCAUCAAACGAGUGAUCAACACCAACUUGCCCAAUCUCGGUGAUUAUGAGGACAUUUCAGACUAUGUGUUGAAGGAGGCAAUCAUUUCAGAAAGUGAUGUGGAGGAUGGACCCGAAUCCACGGUGACCUUACCACAAGACUACCCCGGACGCAAUAAUCGUAGAAAUGAACAAAGAGCUGUUCGUCUCCACGAGUUAGGCCCUCGCUUAACAUUGGAGCUCACCAAGGUUGAAAAUGGCAUGUGUGGUGGUGAAGUACUGUACCACAGAUACAUUACAAAGACUCAAAAGGAAGUCAAGGAGAGUGAACGCAAGAGACAACGUACACUGGAAGAAAAGGCUGCCCGUAGAGAGCAACAAGAGCAAAAUGUCGAAAAGAAGAAGGCUGAAAAGGACGCUAAAAAGCAAAGCAAAGCACAGGAAGCCGAGGAGGAGCAAGAGGACGAACAGAUCAAUUUCGAAGGCGAGGAAGAAGAAGAGGAUAAUAUGCAAUUGAACGAAGAGGAUUCUCAAGAGGAGGAUGACGAUGACGAUGACGAGUAG